GGAAAGUCUGGAACCUGGGGGAGAACCUGACCCCGUGUAUCUGGCUGCUUGAUGGACACCUCCACCUGGGUAAACUUAGGCAUCCAGAGUCUCCCCUCGAGACUUAACUCCCUUAAUCCAGGGUGGGUUAACUUCACAAAUGUCACUGGCGCAGUCACCCAUCCUUGGGUUGCACUAAUCUGUCUCCGUGUGAAGACGACCGGUAAAACACUUCCCAGAAUCCCCUGCUGUGUAGUACCGUCAGCAACCAGAAACUACAACUCCCAUGGUUCUGUGUGCCCUCGGGGGCGGGGCUUUCUGGAGGCGACUUCCGAGUAACGGAGAUGGAUGAGCAGUCAGUAAGCCAGCGCCGCUCGCAGUACAAAUUGGUGGGCUCGCCUCCAUGGAAAGAGACGUUCAGGCAGGGAUGCCUGGAGAGAAUGAGAAACAGCCGGGACAGGCUCCUGAACAAAUACCGCCAGGCUGGAGGCAAUAUGCCAGGGAGAGCUCAGAGCACCCUCCUAGUACAAGAGUUGAUGGAAGAAGAGUGGAAUGCUUUGCAAUCAAUGGAAAGCUGUCCAGAGGCCUUGGCUCAGUGGGAGGAGCUGAUGGACUUCGCUGAGCUGGAGGAAAUCCAACAGGAGCUGAUUGACCAAGAACAGUCCAUCAUCAGUGAAUAUGAGAAGAGCUUGCAGUUUGAUGAAAAGUGCCUCAGCAUCAUACUGGCUGAGUGGGAAGCAAACUCCCUCAUCUGUCCUGUGUGUACAAAGUACAACCUGAGAAUAACAAGCGGUGUGGUCAUGUGUCAGUGUGGCCUGUACAUCCCAUCUCAUUCUCCAGAAUUCACUGAGCAGAAACUUCGUACCUGUUUAGAGGUCAACGUGAAUGAGCAUAGUGCACACUGUCCUCACACACCUAUAUUUUCAGUUGCUGAAGGGACAGAAAAAAAGUCCAGUCUACUCAUGAGCUGUCUGGUAAGCCUCCCAUGGGGCCCAGUGGUACGAGGUCAGUGCUUGGUUUUAUCCCUGCUCUGGUAGAAAUAAUAGCUUGGAAACAGGUAAAUGUUUAAAGAGCAUUUAAACAUUUGCUCUGAGUUUACUUGAAUAGGAAAGUGAAGGUAACAACCAGUUUUACAAAAAGGCCAGUUGUUUCCUAAAAGGGGAAGGACAGAGGCAGCACAGGAGGGUGGAAGGUGCAUUGGUCUUGAAUUAGGAAGCCUGGCUGCACUGCCUACUCGUUUGAUUGGCAGCAGUGGUCUUAGAUGAAGCUGAUUACUUCAUAGUCGUAAGACCCAAAUGGGCCAUCCUGGUACCAGUUUUGCAGGACAGAAGAGGAAGCACAGCAGGGCAGCAUCGGGCUUUUUUUUAAAUCCUUAUUGUUGAAAGUAUUAGAUCUCCC